UUAACUUAUCUUUUUCAUAGACUUUGAUAAGGAAGGUUUUUAAAACCUAGUCAGAAUUAAUUAUGCAGCAAAUUCUGUGGGGAAAGUUAGUUUUGGUUUUGGUUGCAAUAGUAGCCAUUUUACAAGUUGUACAUCUAGUACUUUUAAGUCGCCUAGAGGCUCGACACCACAUGCAUCACCAUGUUCAUCGAACUGCCUCAAAUCCUGGGGACGGUUCUGACUCUCAGAUGACGGAGGUCGACGCUGUGUUUGGAACCCUUGUUCGUACUGUGGAACAAGGCCGAGUGCUUGAUUCCAGCGGAGAGUUCCAAAUAGUGCCAUCUAUUGCAGCAGCCACCAAACAACCCCACCCAAGAGGCCUCAUAGCUGCCACGCCUGAUAUAAGUCUGGUCACACAGUGCUCGUUCAAUCACGUUUAUCGACUUAUUGAGCUAUCUCAGAGGUGGCAAGGUCCGAUAUCAGUUGCUGUGUUUGCCGAGGAUCACCAAGUUUCCGAGGCCCUUUGGAAGGUUGCUGAGCUGAGAGCUUGUAUGCCUGGUAUAAGACACAACGUCACCUUCGCCCUAGUCUCCCCCCUACCAGCCAAAAGCUCUCCCCCUCUCUCCAUGCCUUCCCCCCCACCACCUCACCCUUGCAGUCUUGGUAAUGAUAUAGACACUGUCACCACGUCCACCAACUACGCAACAACCCACAACUAUCCAGUGAACUUGCUGAGAAAUGUAGCUCGAAGAGGAACUGCCUCCGAGUUUGUUCUGGUUAUUGAUAUUGACAUGCUGCCGAAUGAAAAUCUUCGUCAGGAUUUCUUUGCAUUCGCAUCUCAGAGAGGACUGUUUCGUAAACGAGAACAUGAUGAAAAGAAUGUGUUUGUUGUUCCUGCGUUUGAGGCGAAGGAAGACACACCUGUACCUCGUCACAAGGCAGAGUUGCUGAAGUUGGUGGAAGCUGGGGAUGUGCGGCCGUUCUAUGUCCAACUUUGCCUCAAAUGUCAGGUGCACACGGAUUACGAGUCUUGGCAGAAAGAGCCCCCAGCCCCCGAGCUGGCUCCAUUGUUCGAAGUAUUGUGGAAGGACCCAUGGGAACCAUUUUACAUCGCCAGGAACACGAUACCAUUUUACGACGAACGCUUCAAGCAGUACGGGUUCAACAGAAUUAGUCAGGUGUGUGAACUUCACGUUGCGGGAUACAAGUUUUCCGUUCUCAACAAUGCGUUCCUUGUCCACCGAGGAGUCAAGACUCAUUCCUCGUUCCACCCAGAGAAAGAUGCAGAACUCGAGAGGAACCGAAUGUUAUUCCGCCAGUUCAAAAUGGAACUCAAGUCUAAAUACCCGGAAUCGUCUAGACGAUGCUACUAA